GUUUAUCUGUGUGAAAAAAAAGUGAAGGUACAACAAGACCAAAAUAACAUAGUAUUUGUUAGCCAAAUGCCUCACCUCUGGCAUUUGCGUUUUGGCAAUGGGAACAUUUCAAUAUGCAUGCUCAACAACAUCUCUCAUUAUUUACAGCAAAGCAGAAGUGGCAUGUCACCGACUGCAGCUGAUCCAAAGCAUCAAGAGCAAAACCAUCCCAACAUUUACAGAACUACUGAUUUGAGGAAACAGCUGAAUGAUGAGUGCUGCUCAAACACUGGUGUCCAGACUGGAGGCCCUGCAGUGCCACUUCACCUGGGAUCUUGACCUCAGCAGGUCCUUACUUUUACGUUAUAGGGACAACUUGAUAGACAUUGGUACUGAGAAUGGAAACAAAUGGCUGGGUCAUAUCUACAACCUGCGGGGGUUCAUUCAGUACAAGCUGGGAUCCAAUGAAGACGCCCAAAGUUUCUUCAACAAGGCUACAGAGGCUUUCAGCCAGAUAAAAAACACAGAUGAGGGACCCUGGUUAGUGGUGAACUACGGGAACCUGGCUUGGCUGCACCACCACCUGGGAGACCAAGCAGAGAGCGAGGCCUACCUGUCAAAGGUCGACGCCCUGAAUAAAAAAUACCCAUCUCCAUCCCAGGAGGAGCUCCACCCAGAGAUCUACGCUGAAAAAGCCUAUACGCUGAUGACGUUUCACGGCGACAUGAACCUGGUUGCAGAUUACUUCCAGAGAGCCAUCGAGAUGCAGCCGGACAUGGUGGAGUGGAACAGCUGGCAUGUCUUAGCGUUAACGUAUGCUUAUAGGUGCAGCAGCACAGGGCUGGAAGAUGACAUCUUUAAGAAAAUGAGAAUUGCCCAAGAACAGGAUCCAGAGAACUUGGACCUUGCUGCUCAAUACCUUUGGCAACGUGCUAGGAGAGGAGAAAGUAUUGAAGAUGAAGCACGUGAGUUAGCCACAAAGGUUUUGUGGAAUCCUGUCAGCAGCUACAGUGGUUUAAGACCAUUGCUAUGGGUUUACGGAAAAUAUAUAUCUGAUGAUGAGGACAUUGAUUUGGCAGAAGAGGCUCUGAAGAAACGUCCAAAUGAGCGUUAUCUGAAGAAACGUGCUGCUCUCUGCUACCAAAAGAGGCUCCUUUGCCCUAACAGUCCCCCAACGAAAAGCAUGCUAGCCAGAGCAGUCAGUCUCCAUCAGGAGGUGAUUGCUCUUUACCCUGAUUCCUCAUUUUGUAGGAAAAUACACCUUGCCACGAUAUACGUACUGUCACAUGACUAUGAGGCUAAAGCCGAAGAGCUAUAUGAGGAACUGCUAAUAAGUGAUCUGGAACUUGAAGAUAAACAGGUGCUUUUCAACAGCUACGCAAAAUAUUUACAUUACCAAAAACAGGAUAGCCACAUGUCAAUACGAUAUCACAUGGAGGCAGCAAAGAUACAGCACCAAUCCUUCUUUCGUAAGAACAGCAUCAGAAUUCUGGAGAACAUUAGAGACAAAGGCAGACACAGAAUGUGUGGAGAAAUAAGGGAGUUUCUGGAAAACCUGCAAGAGCCGUAGUGUUUUUAACAGCAAUGGUUUGAAAUCCAGGAAAAUAUAGCAUUAGCAACAGAUUAUUUUGCUAAAUCAAUAUUAAAAAAAAAGAAUAGAACAUAAAAAAGUGAAAUAAACAUCACUCUCUCAACUCUCUUUUAAUGAACUUCGUGAUGUAAACAAACAAAAAAAGGACUUUAAACAAAGAGUUCACAUUGUUUAACUUAGAAUAAAGCACACUGAAGAUAUACAGGUAUAAAUACAGUUUUUUCUGAGUUUCAGAUAUUAUGUUAAAUAGUGAUAAAACGUGAACAGUGUCAUGUGACUCCAAUCUGUUUUGUUCAUCUGCUAACGAUCAUGUGAUAGGACUGAAAGCUCCAGAAUAAUGAAUUGACCCUGAUGUGAGAUUGUUUUGUUUGUAUUCUUUCCAAAGUGGAAAAGGAUUUUAUUUUGUAUUUUCAACUUUUAGCUAAAUAUGUAAUGUAGAUUUGAAAAUGUAAUUUCUAUGAAAAGCUCCAGUCAAACUCUAUGUGCUGAUGAAAAUGAUGUGAUACAUAAAACUACCGUAAAGACUCUGUGGGGAGAGUCUUUUGAUUCAGGCUAAAAAAUGUCAUAUACUAGUAAGUACUAAAAACUGUGACAUUUCAACAGAUUUGUAAACUGAAUGUUUUUUUCUGUGAAAACCUAGUUCCUGAUUAAAAUGAGGUCAAAACUAUAUUUUUAGGAAGAUUCAUCAUCUGCUUGUAUUUAGACAACAUUCAGUAACUUUGGCUUUGGUAGAAAAAAAAAAUCUUUUGGGCUUUUGUUUGACAACUUUUAUUUAAAAACUCUCUUCCAUAUACUAUGCACUAUAUCCCUUUUUGGUAUAUUUUAACCAAUUGUGUGUAACAGAGCUGUAUUUUUUUUUGUUUAUUCACAAUAAAAACAAUACUUCAAAUU